AUGAUAACCAUCAGUGAAUCAACUAUAGCUCAUAAACAUCAAUCAAAGUGGUCUCCAUCUGGUAAAAUGAAUAUACCACGAGCUGGACAUACUGCAUCUUUAUUAUCAAAUGAAAAAUUGUUAGUUACUGGUGGUAAUUGGUGUUAUCCUGGACCAGGUCCCGAUAUUUGUGUUUUAAAUAGUACCGAACUGUACGAUUUAUCAAGUGGAACUUGGACAUAUACUAGUAGCAUGCAUAGUUCACGAAAUGGACACACGGCAUCCAUACUAAACAAUGGAAAGAUAUUAGUUACAUGUGGAUUUUGUAAUACUGUUAUACUACGUAGCACUGAAUUGUAUGAUCCAUCGACAGCUACUUGGAAAGUUAGUAGUGAUAUGAGUAGCGUACGAUAUCGACAUACAGCAUCUGUAUUGACAAACGGAGAAGUUUUAGUUGUGGGUGGAUUCGAUGGUAAUAGUAAAAGCGAUUCUUAUUUAUAUGAUCCAACAAAUGAAACUUGGACGCCUACUGGCAAUUUGUAUACUGCACGUGAUGGACAUACAGCAUGCAUAUUAAGCGACGGAAAGGUGUUAGUUACUGGUGGACAUAAUGGUAGUAGAGUAUUACGCAGUGCUGAGAUCUAUGAUCCAUCAAAUGGAACUUGGACUGUUACUGAUAACAUGACGGAAGCACGAGUUCGUCAUACAGCAACCACAUUACCAAACGGAAAAGUUCUGAUUGUUGGUGGAGUACAUAUUCACACUUUAAGAACUGCUGAAUUGUAUGAUCCAACCAAUGAAACAUGGACAACUACAGGGAGUAUGAAUAAUGCACGAGAGGAUCAUGCAGCAGUGUUAUUACCAAAUGGGCAAGUGUUAAUUACUGGUGGAUUUAUUGAAAAUGGUGUUCUUAAUAGUGCUGAGUUAUAUGAUCCAUCAACGGAAACUUGGUCAAUUGUUGGUGAUAUGUAUAAUGCGCGAUUAUAUCAUACAGCAUCAGUAUUAUCAAACGGAAAAGUUUUAGCGGUUGGCGGUCUCUCUGAUGCUACUUAUCUAAAUGAUACUGAAUUGUAUACUUCACCGACAGAGAGUUUGACAAAUAUUGAUCAAAUGAAUAAUGUACCAUACGAACAAGAUAUGCGUAAUAUCAAAUGA